GGUCAGUUAGCGUCGAUUCUUCGCUGGCUCCGGACGAGUCGCUUGCGACACACAGCCCAACUGCCGAAUCCGGAACUAGUCGGCCCCGCGUAGCAGAGUGUAGCUAAAGUUGCAGUUCGACACGGUGUUUGUGUGUGGUUCGCGAAGGCGAAGAUUGGACGGAUUUUCCAAGCAUCCAAGGGUACAUCAGCGAUGGAACGGAAUGGACGCGUUGCGGUUGUCGGAGUGUUGCUGGUCGUGAGCUGCCUGGCGCUGCUGCUGCUAGCCCUAGCCGAACCGAGCCGGGCCGAUGUCAUUGCAGGGCGGGUUCGUCGCCAGAGUCCGUGGCUCCAGCGGGCUCCACUUACGUUCGCGCUGGGCAAGAAAUUCGCGCGGAAUCGACUGGCAGCCAGUUCAGCAUUCGCGCUCGAAACCAACACCGACUGGCGGGAGAACGCGGUGGAGCAAAGCCGACCAGCCCAACCGGUAGCGGUACGUCCGCUUGCCGAGCUUUCGGCGGAAGUGACCGACAGCAAGCCGGCGCCACGAUCGAGGGCCUUCUACGGCUGCAUGUCGAACUGUCUCACGCUGUCGCAGUACAAUCCGGUGUGCGGUACGGACCACACCACCUACCACAACGAGUACAAACUGGAGUGCGCCAACCGGUGCGGAGCAAAGCCCAGAGUUUCAAUCAAAAAGUCGGGCAUUUGCUAGGCCAGCCACAGCAACCUGUCGCUUCUGUCCGAUGCAUCCGAGAUGCAACCGAACGUCGCAGCAUUGCAUUGAUCACCCUCCACUAGACUAAGAAGUCCGACUAGAAGCAAGGCGACCGGAUGCGUACAAAAAGGGGGAGAUAGGCGACCGAAGAUUUCUAAUUUAUUUCUAGUUUUUACACCACACCCGGUAGCGAAAAUAUGGCACAAAAAUAAUAAACAAAAUCGCUAAACACAACACCGCC